AUGGCGGAUGAUCUUUUAAAUUUGCAACUCCCUGAUUUUGGGGAUUUCACAAAUGCUGGAAAGGUAUCCGGCGCAUCUGUACACGAUCUUGCUCUUCCAGAUCUACCAGAUUUUAAUUUAAAUCUACCUUCACUUCCAGAUGUUAAAAAUGCGGACACAAUCACAUUAGUAGAGUCCAAUGAUCAUACUUCAUCAGAGUAUUUUACGAAUCCUCAUGGUUAUGAAGAAGAUUUGAACGAAGCACUGAGUAUUUCAUCAGAUACUUAUAAUUAUACACUUACAACAGAGAAAGGAGAUGAUGGUGAGUCUAAAAAAGAAAAUGAGGAUAAUAAUAAACCUGAAUCUGACAAAAAUAGCGAAAAUAAAUCAAUGAAAUCUUCAGCUAAAAGCGAAAAUAAUAACGAGGAAAACUUAAAAUCAGAAAAAUCAUCACGUACUUCAUCGAAAAAGAACCCAGAUGAAGUUAAUAAUGAAGAAAAAUCCGAAAAUUCACAAAGAUCCCGCUCAUCGAGAAAAUCACAAUCGAGGAGUAGGGCUAGCAAACACAGUUCACAUAAGGCAUCAAAUGCCGGAAAUGAAAAUCAAAAUACAAAAGAUAGCGAUAAAAACUCUCAAAAAUCAGCUCAAACACCACCAAACUCACUUACAGUCGAAGAACUUUCUACAGCUAGUGAAUCUUUACUGAAUUUAGAUAAAAAUUCACAAUUUGAGUUAAAUCUUGAAGUUAACAACCUUAUAAACGAUCGUGACUCCAUUGCAUCACUCCUUAUCCAAGAUGAUGUCUUAACAGAGAACGGAGAUCCUUUAAAUAUUUCAGAUGCUUCAUCUCCUGCUUCCAUCACAACAGAAUCAUCUUCUUUCAUCGAUAUGCCCAUUCAAAUUGAUUUUGAUCGUCAAUCCAUUAAGUCAAAUAAGCCAGAUUUUACAGAAGAUGACUUAUUGAAACAAAGAAUGGAUUCUAUCACAGAUCAGCAUGCUCUUGAUAUACUAAAUAGACUCAGACAUGAAGCCAUAAAGCGUGCAGAAACAUUAGCUGAAGAAAAAACUACAAUUGACGAUCUUAAAAGCAGAUGUCGUCAACAGGAACUUGAUUUCUACAAAAAGAACAUAGAAAGUAUUGCUGCUGAAGAUGAUUUGGACUCUGAAGACUCCAAAUCAAUCAAACAAAACGAAGCCGAAAUAUCUCAUAUGAAAAGAAAGAAUAUGAUAAGAGAAGAUGAAAUAGAAGACGCUUUAGAUGAAUUAAAUGACCUCCAGAAGCAAUACGACCUCCUCCAGGCUUCUUCUUCCGAUAAAGAUCGAAUUAUUGCUUUUUUAGAGAACCAAAAACUCGGAAGAUACGAAAUGGAGAAUACAAUUCCAAUUCUAAACGAUGACAAUGAGCGUUUGAGGCAUGAAUAUGAUUUAAUUUCAAAAAGACAUAAAAAGACCAAAGAAAAAUACAAAGCUAUCUCAGAAAGACUCGUAGAACUAAGUCAAACGCUCGAAAAACUGAAACGGGAUUCCCAAGAAAGAGAAGCAGCUAUUAAAAUGAUCGAUCCAGAAAAACAAAGACUAGAAGAGUUAGAACAGAAGGUUAAAUUAAUGAAGAAGAACAAUACCCAGCUGAAGAAGUCAAUAAAUACCCAAUUAUCGGAAGGAGAAUUGAGAAGAUUAAUUCCUCAAAUCAGAUUAGUCAUAAGAACUAAAGAAUCAAUCAUCAAGAAUAUGUCAGCAAGGAUAGAACAGAACAAAGAAGACAUGGAAAUCCUGAAAUCUAAAAUCCAAAAAUUAGAAAAAGAAGAAAGUGAAGUUCCUCAGCCAUUUCCAGUAGUUCCACCUCUUUAUCCACCAAUGACUCCUUCAAAGGAGAUCAUGGAUCAUCUCGCUCAUCAACCUUUGUAUUCUCAUACAGAUUUCGAACAAGAGAAGCCACCAAUGACAGAACCUAAGCGGAGAAGACAGUAG